GCAAAUGGUACUACUAGUUUUACUUUUACUAUCUAAAGUAUAAUAAUAAAGAUAAUGAGUUCCAAUUCAAAUACUACUCGUUCUAGUGACAUUAAAGUCAAAAUGAAUAAAGGUAAAACUGUAACGGUAGUAGUGCCAGAAGAUUUGCCUAAAGAAUUGGAUUAUCUAUUUGAAAAGGAGUUGAUAAAUAAACAAAAUAAACAUAUACAUAUAAUGGAUCGAUUUGGACCAUCCAGAAAUACACACUAUUUAUCUACCAAAUUCCAUGCCAAACAUGAGCAGCAGAUACCUCAAAAUCACUCAACCUACAUACCAUUUGUAUAUGGAACCUCCUAUAAACAUGAUACCGAAGCGAAUGUCUAUGGCUGGAUGCCAAAAGUUGUUAAUAGACCAGCUUUACUCAAAGAAUUAAAUUUCAUAAAUGCUCCCAAACAAAGAUGCUGUUUAACAGUGUAUGGCGAAAAACUGGAAAGUGAUAGAGCAAAUGCCAGACCAGCAUUUAAUGGUUUGAGAUUCUUUUUGCAAUAA